AAAACAUGUUGCUGAAAUACACAGCAAGUACUUAAAGGGAUACAGAAGAAGCAUCACCUUAUCGAAGACAAAAUGGGAAAUACAACUACCAAAUUUCGCAAAGCGCUUAUAAAUGGAGAUGAAAAUUUGGCUUGCCAAAUAUACGAGAGUAAUCCUCAACUGAAAGAAUCUCUGGAUCCUAAUAUUUCUUAUGGAGAGCCCUACCAGCAUAACACUCCAUUACACUAUGCUGCCAGGCAUGGAAUGAACCGAAUUUUAGGGACGUUUCUUUUCGUUAGAGAUGGAAACCCAAAUAAACGGAAUGUGCACAACGAGACAUCUAUGCACUUGCUUUGUAUGGGACCUCAGAUUAUGAUAUCCGAUGGAGCUCUUCAGCCUCGCUUGACUCGGCCCUUUGAGGACGAUUUCAGAAGAGCAGAUUGUUUGCAGAUGAUCUUGAAAUGGAAGGGAGCAAAGCUUGACCAAGGAGAAUAUGAAAGAGCAGCUAUUGACGCUGUUGAUAACAAAAAAAAUACUCCUUUGCACUAUGCUGCUGCCUCAGGGAUGAAGACCUGUGUAGAGCUUCUAGUGAAACAUGGUGGAGACUUGUUUGCUGAAAACGAAAAUAAAGAUACUCCUUGUGAUUGUGCAGAGAAACAGCAUCACAAAGAACUGGCACUCAAUCUAGAAUCCCAGAUGGUGUUUUCACGAGAUCCUGAAGCUGAAAGAAUUGAAGCAGAAUAUGCUGCUUUAGACAAAAGAGAGCCACAUGAAGGACUAAGACCUCAGGACCUACGGAGGCUCAAGGAUAUGCUGAUUGUAGAAUCUGCAGACAUGCUUCAAGCCCCGCUGUUUACUGCAGAAGCUUUGCUUCGAGCACAUGACUGGGACAGGGAGAAGUUACUUGAAGCUUGGAUGUCUAAUCCAGAAAAUUGCUGCCAACGUUCAGGUGUUCUAAUGCCAACUCCACCUCCAAGUGGAUAUAAUGCUUGGGACACACUUCCUUCACCAAGAACUCCUCGGACUACUCGCUCUUCUAUCACCUCACCAGAUGAAAUCAGCCUGACACCAGGAGACAUUGAGACAACUAUGUGUGAAAUCUGUAUGUGUAAUAUUUCUGUAUUUGAAGACCCAGUGGAUAUGCCUUGCGGACAUGAAUUUUGUAGAAUAUGCUGGGAGGCGUUUUUGAAUAUGAAAAUUCAAGAGGGUGAAGCCCACAAUAUAUUUUGUCCAGCAUAUGAUUGCUUCCAGCUUGUUCCAGUGGAGAUCAUAGAAAGUGUGGUUUCCAAGGAGAUGGAUAAGCGUUACCUACAAUUUGACAUUAAGGCCUUUGUUGAAAAUAAUCCUUCUAUUAAAUGGUGUCCUACACCAGGCUGUGAAAGAGCAGUCAGGCUAACAAGACAGGGGUCAAAUACUUCAGGUUCAGAAGGACUUAGUUUCCCCUUGCUGAGAGCCCCUGCUGUGGAUUGUGGGAAAGGGCAUCUGUUCUGCUGGGAAUGUCUUGGUGACGCACACGAACCUUGUGACUGUGAAACGUGGAAGAACUGGCUGCAGAAGAUAUCAGAGAUGAAACCUGAAGAGCUUGUGGGAGUUAGUGAAGCUUAUGAAGAUGCUGCCAACUGCUUAUGGUUACUCACCAAUUCUAAACCAUGCGCCAAUUGCAAAUCUCCAAUUCAAAAGAAUGAAGGCUGCAACCAUAUGCAAUGUGCAAAGUGUAAAUAUGAUUUCUGUUGGAUUUGCUUGGAAGAAUGGAAGAAACAUAGUUCUUCCACUGGAGGUUAUUAUAGAUGCACUCGCUAUGAAGUCAUUCAACAUGUAGAGGAACAGUCCAAGGAAAUGACAGCAGAGGCUGAAAAGAAACACAAAAGAUUUCAAGAACUUGAUAGAUUUAUGCACUACUAUACAAGGUUUAAGAACCACGAGCUCAGCUAUCAGUUAGAACAACGCCUUCUAAAAACAGCCAAAGAAAAGAUGGAGCAGCUGAGCAGAGCCCUCAGUGGAACUGAAGGACGUUGUCCGGAUACUACAUUCAUUGAAGAUGCAGUACAAGAACUCCUGAAAACCCGUCGCAUCCUGAAGUGUUCUUACCCAUAUGGAUUCUUUCUAGAACCCAAAAGCACAAAAAAGGAAAUAUUUGAACUUAUGCAGACAGACCUUGAAAUGGUUACAGAGGAUCUAGCUCAGAAAGUAAAUAGGCCUUACCUUCGUACUCCUCGUCAUAAAAUUAUACGGGCAGCCUGCCUUGUGCAGCAGAAGAGGCAAGAGUUCUUGGCGUCUGUGGCCCGUGGAGUUGCUCCUGCAGAUUCUCCUGAGGCUCCAAGGCGCAGCUUUGCUGGCGGAACAUGGGAUUGGGAAUAUUUAGGAUUUGCAUCUCCUGAGGAAUAUGCUGAAUUUCAGUAUCGGAGGAGGCACAGACAACGCCGACGUGGAGAUAUGCACAGCCUGCUUAGUAAUGCUCCGGACCCAGAUGACCCUAGCGAGAGCACAUUAGAUACCCAAGAAGCUGGAAGUAACAGAAGACACGGUAAUUCCAUGGUGAGUUCUGCUUCCAUGAGCAUCCUUCACAGCUCAUCUCUUCAUGACUAUACUCCUGUCAGUCGCUCUGAAAACCAAGAUUCUCUGCAGGCUCUGAGUUCCUUGGAUGAAGAUGACCCCAAUAUCCUGCUUGCCAUUCAGUUAUCACUGCAAGAAUCUGGCUUGGUUAUUGACGAGGAAACUAGAGACUUUCUGACUAAUGAAGCUUCUUUAGGAGCAAUAGGUACUUCUUUGCCUACAAGGUUAGACUCUGGUCCCAUAAAUAUAGAUAACCCAAGGGCUGCUUUGAGUAGCUCAGAGCUAUUAGAACUUGGUGACAGUCUGUUGAAACUAAGCACAGACAGUGAUCCCUUUUCAGCCGACCACCUUAGUUCUCAUACUUUCAGUGAUGCAAGAAGCGGAUUGUAUUCAACCUCUAGUGAAGCUGAUUCAAGUACCCAAGACCCCAAUCUAAAUGAAAACCUCCUUGGAAACAUUAUGGCCUGGUUCCAUGACAUGAAUCCCCAGAGUAUUGCGCUCAUUCCUUCUGCGAGUACGGAAACCGAUGAUGAUUCACAGCAGCCCAGUGCCGAAGAGGGGUUGGUAGAGCAGCCACGUAUUCCCAGUGUAAGACAGGACCCUCUGGAAGAGCAUGAACUUUUUCAGGAUGCACUCAAAAACGAAGGCAGAUGCACCCAAACCGAAGAGAGUGCUGCAGCUGGGGCUGUUCUUCCAGAUGAAGCGGUACCGCCGAGUGGUGACUCUGCUGAGAAGUCCGCUGGCCAAGUUGACGCUUCAGGAGAUGCUUCAAGUCAGACGUCCCAGACCUCAACUGAGUGGACUGAGCAUGUGCAUUUGGUGUGACCACA